GACGACGUUCGCUUGGCUGACAAUCUAAAUCCCAUUUGGCACUGAGCAACCGAAUACAAAUCCCGGUUGAGAAGCAGAGUCGAAAAUGGAGGACUUCUGGAAGAGAGCUAAGAGUUUCGCUGAAGAAGCUGCUAAGAAAUCCCAAACCCUUGCCGACUCUUCCAAAUUCGCCGAUUUGGUCUCCGAAACCGCCAAGAAGUCUAAAGAAUUAGCCGCUGAAGCUUCCAAAAAAGCCGAUCAAAUCAAAACUGCUGCUCUCAAACAAGCAGAUCAAAUCAAGUCCUUCUCUGAUAUCAUCCCUCCUCAGCUCUCUGUGCCCCUUUCCAUUCCCAAUUUUAACGAUUCUUCACCUUCCUAUUCUCAGUCUGAGUUCCAAACCUUAGGUGUCACCGACGAGCUCAGAUCCUUCGUUAAGGGACUUACCUCCAGCACUUUCCAGAACUUCCCCCUCAAAUCUGAUGAACCGGAGGCUUCUGAUGUGACUACGGCGGCCUCCAACGUUCGAAAAGAUCUUAAUGAAUUUCAGGAGAAGCAUGCCACUCUUGUUCUAACCACUGUUAAGGAAAUCUCAAGGUUGAGAUAUGAAUUAUGCCCCCGUGCUAUGAAAGAAAGACACUUCUGGAAGAUAUAUUUCACACUAGUGAACACUCAUGUGGCUCCGUAUGAGAAGCGCUAUCUGGAGGAGGUUACCCUCCGAGCAGCAGCUGAGCAGAAAGUGGAUGAUAAGGUAGAGAAAACAGCUGUUACUGGAGGAACUGAAAAGGUAGAGGCAACUGGGAAAAGUGGGAAGAGCAAAUCAUCUAAUUCAUCCUCAACUGAGCAAGAUUUGGAUACAUUUCUUCUUGGCGAUCUUGAAGACAGUGAUGGAGAUGAUGGCGAAGGCAGCCUUGAUGAUGAUUUUGACAAGAUUGGCAAUUCAGAUGUUGAAGAGGAGAAGCAUGCGAAGAAAACAUCUGAUGCUACCAAUUAGGAUGCCCAAUUGCUUUCGAUUAAUACUCCAAAGUGAGAAACUGAAGUUUGCUGCUUGAUGCGGACAGAUUGAUCGGUGAUUGGUAAAAAGAGAGAGAAAAUUUUAGCAGUCUCUAGUGUAGUAUUUAUGGCGGUAUAGAUUUGAGGACGGGAAUUGUGAUUCGUUGUUUAUUUAACUUGGUAAUACCCUUAUAUAGUGGCAGUUUGCGUUGUACAGGUGAUAUUAUUUUGUUAAUUUUAUUAUGUAUGGUUCUUAUAUAACGUUUCAAACAAUAAGAUAUAAGCUUGUCGAGAGAUCCGAUAUUGUUAAUUAAUUCACUUGAUAUUUU